AUGUGUGAUGAUGAGCACACAAACAAAGGCGCGUGGACGAAAGAAGAAGACGACCGUCUCAUCAGCUAUGUCAAACAACACGGCGAAGGCUGCUGGAGGUCCCUUCCCAAAUCUGCAGGUUUGCUUAGAUGCGGCAAGAGUUGCAGACUCCGGUGGAUAAACUACCUCCGGCCUGAUCUCAAGAGAGGAAAUUUCACCCGAGAAGAGGAUGACGUCAUCAUCAAUCUCCAUACCUUGCUCGGAAACAAAUGGUCGUUAAUAGCUGCGCGGUUGCCGGGAAGAACGGACAAUGAAAUAAAGAACUACUGGAACACACACAUCAAAAGAAAACUCAUCGGCAGAGGAAUCGAUCCCCAAAACCACAAACCCGUUACGACGAAGCCACCAGCCGCUGCCGCCAUUAACGCACCUCGUGAAGAAAACCCUAAAACCAGUUUUCCAGCUUCCAUGCAAAACGACGGCGUUCCCAUGAUGGCGGCGAUGGUCGGUGGUGCUUUUAGGGUUGUUAUUACAGGCGGGGCCGAGGAAUUAUCGAGCAGCAGCAGCAGCAGUGGUUUGUCUGAAGAGAAGGAAUUGUUAUUGGUUCCGCAAAUCAACUUGGAGCUCUCCAUUAGCCCGCCCGUGUAG